AGUAGACUCUUCCAACAAUUAGUUAUUUAAACAGCUUGUUUCACAACUUCUAAUCGAACAGACCUAGAUGCAAAAGGUCCUUCACAAUAUUCAGGUUGGUCUUGCAAUUGGAGGUGGACAGUGAGGUUGGACGUGAAUGAAACUUGGAAUACCAUUGGUAAGUGAGGGUAUAUUGAAUAAGGACAGAAAUUUAGCCUUGCAACAGCUGACUACAUCCAGACCCCUCAAAAUUGUGUGAGAGUUUUUAAUUUGCUGAGAGCGUUGGUCCAUGAAAUCUACUCUGAAGUGGGCCAUCGAUAUUUACGUGUAGUUUCCAAUAUCAUUUAACUCAUCUAAUUUAGGGUAUAACACGAACAUCCUCAGUGAAAAAGAAGAAAAGACAGCUGGUGCUAUUGAUUAUAUUCAAAACUCAGACCCAUGUUACAUCUCGCUGUCACAACUGUUUUACUAUUCCAAUACUCAAUCCAUGGACAAUCUUCUGGUGACAUUCGUCUUGUGAAAAGAAGGCUUGAGAUUUUCUACAAUUUUGAAUGGGGAACAGUAUGUGAUGAUAGCUUUGGUGACAUUGACGCUGUAGUUGCAUGUAAACAACUCAGUUACAGUACUGGAAUUUCAUUAGGUAGUGAUGUCGAUGAUGGUUCUGGAAGAAUUUGGCUCGACGAUGUUAACUGUUUCGGAAAUGAACGCAAAUUGAUUUAUUGUGCACACCCAGGUUUUGGAGUCGGAAACUGUAACCAUAAUGAAGAUGUAGGACUUUAUUGUUUUAAUAUGACUGAAGUACAGGGUGAAUGGUCUCCCUGGACAACAUGGUCGGUUUGUAGUGAUUAUAGAUGCAAUGGUGGACUUCAGAGUAGAUCACGUAAAUGCGAUGGGCCUCUUCCAUCUGACAGUAGCUUAUAUUGUAAGGGAACAUCAAUGGAAAUAAAACCUUGUAAUACAACCUUAUGUCCAGGUUCAAGUUCAAUAACAAAUUCUGAUCCAGGUAAUUAUUCACUUGGAGUAGUUGGCGGAGUAGGUGUAAGCUGCAUCAUUAUUACAAUUGUUUUGGUUUUACUGAGUCAGUCCGCUUUUUCACGUUGGAGAACAUAUAAAAGGGGUGACACCCACAACAAUAAUAUGGAGGAAUCCUACGAUGACUUAAGGAUAAAUCAAUCAACUUCAGAUUAUUCUGUUUAUACCAAUCAGAACAAUGAAACCAACAGCGCUAAAAGGGAAAGUAAUGUACCAUUUGAAACGUACGACAACUUAGGACAAGAUUUCUACGAGAAUUCAUUUUGACAUUUUGAUAUCUGCCUAUAACGGAUUAAAUAAAUCAGAUAAACAAACUCAUCAAAUAUACCAGGCUUAUACAAAUUACUUUGUUUAGUUUUAGCAUAUUUGUUUGCAAAAAGGAUUAGACACACGUAAGUCCAACUUAGAUCGUCUUCUCCUAAGAUACAAUAUAAGUCAAUAUAAUUUCAUACAUGUAGCAUGCAAAUAUCAAAUGUAUCGUUGCACAAUAUAUAAUUUAACAUUUGACAACAUAUUAACAGACAAUAUAGAAAAAGGAAAGAUAGGAAAAAAGGAAGAAAAAACAUGCAUGUGUGUGUGUGGAUCAAUACAUUCAUAUUAUACACAUGAUUAAACAAAGAACAUUUUGGUAAUUUUAAUAUAUUCAAAAACAUUUCUAAAAAUUUCUUCAUUUUG